AUGUCGCUCGACCACACAUCAUACCCAGCAAUCAUCGACACCAUCCUCGCCCACAGCGGAGUGCAGGUUCUCGUGCGCUUCCGGUCUACGAGCAGUCACUUCCGCGCGACGGUCGACGCGUACUUUGCGCGCCUCCACUAUGCCGAGAUUCGGGACGAUGGCGAAGCGUACACACUCCUCAGUCCAUCUCGCCAGCCGCUGCCGUGGAUCCCCUCGGCGGUGCGCGUCCUCACUACCCCCUUCCUGCCGACACCGAACACGCACUGGGCUGUGUUCAGUCCGUUCACCGGGCUGCAUACCCUGCGCCGCGUCGACGCCGGGGUCCAGAUCCACGGCGCGUACUUCCCCUCCGUGUCAACCGUGGUCGACUACCACCCCAUCGACGGCGCCGUCGACGCGAUCCACAUCCCGCCCAAGACGCGAAGAUACGUCCACCACCACCGGCUUGAUGGUGGUCGGGACGCGGCGUGGACGGGUACCGAUCUAGAGGGGCUCAAGGGUGUCCAGGAGGCAGUGUUCGUGUACCACCCCUCCGCCGUCACCGUGUCGGUGCUCGACAAGCUCAACUGCUUCCUCAACCUCUGCGUCUGCUACGAGCAGGUCCUGCGGACAGGCGGCACGCUUACGAUUGUCGGUGUCGAGAGCUUGCUCCACCCCGACCCCGUGCCCGACGACGGGCUGUUCGGGCUCAUGGGCGUCCUCCAGCCUGGCAUGUGGUCCGCCCUGCCGCAGUUCAACAACCGCACGCGGACUAUCACGAUGUCCAAGUGGCUCGACGAAUUGGGCGAGGCGAGGGCGGCAGUUGAGGGCCGCUGGGCGGGCUGGGACGUGUCCACGUGA